UUUAAUAUCAUUUAAAGCGAAACCGGUCGUGUUUUUUGGUCUGCUAUCAAUUGUGGUAACUGCACUCACCGUCUACGUUGUCUACGUGGACUCUUAUUUUGUGUGUUCCUCCCAAGUUCCCAAUUGAGGUCCAUCUCUGCCAGCGUUUAGCCGUUAGCGUUAAUCUUAACGCUUUGCUUAUCGCAAUUACCAACGAUUAUGCACUAUUAUCAAAGCGCCCCAGUUGAGAGAAGAGUUGAUACAGGCGACGCCGAGAUGAGACUGCUGAGUAAUAGAGGUGCCCUCUGGAAUUUGACGAAAAGCUCACUGAAAUCUAAUCAAAGCGCUUCGAAUGGGCUCGUUAAACUGCUGCCUGCCAGCUACAGCAGCGAAAGUGCUGCUGAGCCAAGGCAGAAUCUAUUGAAGUUUCAUGUGCUGCCAUUGAAGGAGACGCUGGAUCGUUUCCUGUGCACUGUUCAGCCACUGUUGUCAGCCAGCGAGUAUAAGAAUCAGCUGGAAAUAACCGAAAAGUUCAAGCAAAAUGAGGGCAAACAACUGCAAAUGCUUCUCGAAUCGGUUGGCAAGGAUGAGACGAACUGGCUGGCACAUCGCUGGCUAACAACGGCAUAUAUGAAGUAUCGUGAUCCGGUCACCGUCUACUCCAGUCCCGGCAUGACAUUUCCACUGCAGAAAUUCAAUAGUCCGCAAGACUAUAUUGACUAUACGGCGAAGGUAAUUUUCGGUCUGGGUGAAUUUAAGAACAUUGUGGAUGCUGGUAAAAUACCGAUUGUUAAGAUGGGUAAAAAUGAGUUGGACAAUAGUCAGUUUGGCAAAGUGUUUGGCACCUGUCGCAUACCACGUCCUGUCCAGGAUGAUGUCGAGUACAAUCCCAAUUCCAAGCAUGUCGUCGUCAUCUACAAAAAUCAUUUUUACAAGAUGCGUAUCUACGACAAGCAGGAUCAACUACUGUCUGCUUCGGUAUUGGCCAAACAGUUGGAUUUUAUCAUGAAAGCGGAAACGGAGACUGGUAUACCCUUUGGCAUUCUUACUACAGACUCGCGCGACAAUUGGACCGAAGCCUAUGAGCAAUUGCUAAAAACACCGGAAAAUUGCGUUGCGAUUGAUGCGAUUCAAACAUCAUUGUUCACUGUUUCGAUGGAUGAAUGCACCCCUUCUAAGCCCGGCGAUCAAGUGAACCAGCUAAUUCUCGGCCUGAUUCAUGGCGAAGGUAGUCGCGCAAAUAGCGGCAAUCGUUGGAUGGAUAAAACUAUUCAACUGGUGGUCAAUCCAAAUGGAAACGUUGGCUUCACAUAUGAGCAUUCACCGGCUGAGGGACAACCCAUUGCCAUGAUGAUGGACUAUGUGGUAAAGAAAAUGCUUGAGGACAAAGACUAUGGAGAAUGUGGCUCCAAGGAGACUGAUUGCAAGGCGGAAAAGAUCAAUUUCGGUCCGCUCGAUGCAUGCCUUGACCAAUGGAUAUUCUAUGCGAAACGUAAUGUCGAUAAGCUUGUUCAUGAUCUGCAAAUGAAGGUGCUCAAAUUCGAGUGCUUCGGCAAGGACUAUAUUAAAAAGAAGCGUUUGGGCCCAGAUAGCUUUGUGCAAAUGGCUCUACAACUGGCAUUCUAUAAAAUGCACAAGGAGCCUGGUGCCCAAUAUGAAUCGGCUCAUUUGCGUAUUUUCGAGAACGGACGCACGGAGACCAUCCGCUCCUGCUCAAACGAAUCGCUGGCCUUUUGCAAAGCGAUGACCAGCGACAAGGCGUCUGUGGAGGAACGGGCCAAGCUGAUGCGCGAGGCAGUGGCCAGUCAUCAGGCAUACACGAGACUGGCGCUACAGGGACGCGGUGUCGAUCGUCAUUUGCUGGGCCUGAAACUGAUGGCACUGGAGAAUAAAUUGCCAAUACCCGAAUUCUAUUCAUCGCCGGGAUUUACAAAGUCCAUGAAUUUCCGCGUGUCUACAUCGCAAGUGGCGACCUUAUAUGAGGCCUUCAUGGGCUAUGGUCCAUAUGUGGAUGAUGGCUAUGGCUGUUGCUACAAUCCUCGUGAUUCUGACAUUUUUGUAGCCAUUUCGGCAUGGAGACAUAGUAAUGCUACAGACGCCGAAAAAUUUGCGGAGGUCCUUACAAAAUCCUUCCUUGAAAUGCAAAUUGUUCUGGACAAGGAGCCCGUCAAAUCCAAGUUGUAGUGCCUUAAUGGAGUUUCCUAUAAAGUGUCCAUUAAAUUUCAAAUGGUGGAUUGCCAUCAUCAUCAUCGCAACCAAUUAAAUAUUCCUAGUAUAUUGAAACACACACACACAUCUAGUCUGCGUUUUUUACUUGUCCUAGCCUAUUUUAAUUUACUGUUCAUUUUCAAAUAAUUUCAAAAUUGUUGUAAUGCGGGCCAUACUCAAUGCGAAUAAA